GAUAACACAUCUACUACACAACUUACACCAGUAACGCAAUCAAUUAGUCAAGAAUGGGAAAACCACAUUCUCCAAAAAGUUUACACAUUGCGUUAUUCCCCUUCAUGUCCAAAGGCCACACUAUCCCUCUCCUACACUUAACCAAACUCAUACACAACCACCGUCCUCACGCCACCUUCACCGUCUUCACCACCCCAGCUAACGAACCCUUCAUCUCGUCCUCCCUUUCGACGCUUUCCCCUAACACCGUCACCAUUAUCUCUCUUCCUUUCUCGGCGCUUAACAACGACGGUAUUAUUCCACCUGGUAUUGAAAGUACCGAUCAACUCCCUUCUAUGUCUCUCUUCCAUUCUUUCGCAUUUUCCACUAAAAACCUCCAACCUCACUUCGAAACCGCCCUCGAAAACAUUAAAAAAGGAAACAAUCCCAUUACUUUCCUCAUUUCUGACGCCUUCCUUUACUGGACUCAAGAAUCAGCUUCCAAGUUCAACCUCCUCAGAUUAGUGUUCUAUGGUAUGAGUUCAUAUGUUCAUGCUAUUUGUGGCGCGGUGUUCGGAAACAAGCUUUUUUCCGGGGUGGAAGACGGCGAUUUGACGAUCCAAGUGCCGGAUUUCCCUUGGAUUAGUGUCAAAAAACAUGAUUUUGAUAGCUUUUUUCAUUUAAAUGAUCCUCAAGACCCAAGGGUAGAUUUUCUUAUCAAGGUCCAAACCGCCACUUCAAUGAGCUUUGGUACGGUGGUUAAUAGUUUCGUUGAACUUGAACAACCAUUUGUUCACUACGUAAACUCAAACCUACUACGUAAAUCUUGGUGUGUUGGGCCACUUUGCUUGGCCCAGAACCCAACGUUAGAGAGUCCGGAGAAACCGCCUUAUUGGAUCGAGUGGUUGGAUAAAAAUAUGGCAAAUCAAGAUCAAAAAAACCCUAUUUUGUACAUAGCGUUUGGAUCACAAGCUGAGAUAUCUAGCGAACAACUGAAGGAGAUCAUGACUGGGCUCGAGGAUUCGAAAGCGGGUUUCUUAUGGGCUUUAAGGAUAAAACCUAGCCAACAAAAAGUUGUGGAAGGUUUUGAAGAAAAGGUAAAAGAGAGAGGGUUGGUUGUAAAAGAAUGGGUAGGGCAAAGGGAGAUACUUGAGCAUGAGAGUGUACAAGGGUUUUUAAGUCAUUGUGGUUGGAACUCGACGAUAGAGACCAUUUGCGCGGGUGUACCGAUCUUAGCUUGGCCGAUGAUGGCGGAUCAACACUUGAACUCGAAAAUGGUGGCGGAGGAGAUUGGAGUUGGAUUAAGAGUUGAGAUUGUAGAUGGGUUUGUUAAGUGGGAUGGUUUGAGUAAAAUGGUGAAGGUAUUAAUGGAAGGGGAAAUGGGGAAAGUUGUGAGGAAGAAGGUAAAGGAGUUGAGUGAGGUUGCUAAGAAAUCUGUUGAAGAGGGUGGAUCAUCUUGGUCUAAUGUGGAAACCUUGUUGAAUGAGACGUUAGAGAUGGGGAAAACCAAAAUUAUUGACAUCAAGGAGGAGAACUAAAUAUUUGUUUAGUUCCUUAAUCCAAGUUAUUUUGGGAAUUUAAUGCAUGUAAUGUAAUAUUAAUGGCGACAGUUCACCUUUGCCAAUGUAAUGUUUGGUCAUUAAUAAUCUCUAAUUUUGUAUUCAUAAAAAUUAUAAAAAGUUGAUAUUCCGAAAGUACA